AUGGGAGCUGUCAAAUCACCAGCUGUAGAGCUCCGAAGCCUCCUCAGUUUAUUGGUGAUGCUAGUGGAGGCGUGGCAUGAUUUAGAUAACAAAGACUAUGACUGUUGGCCCCUGGAAAAGCCAGAUGAGUAUAACAUGCUAGACUGCGGAGGUGACAAUGCUACUGCUGCAAAGGAAUUCUGUGAGGAGCAUGAAUGUCCUGCCAGAUGGAAAGAUGCAAAUGGGGACAACUGCUGUGUCUACCAUGCCAACAUUCAUUCCUGCCCUUUGGCCUUCAUGGCUAAAGGAGGAAUAUGUGGUCCAUGGAUCCCAGAUGAUGGUCAGAUAUUUACUCACACUUUGUCUACUGCUGGGAAAAUGAGCCAAAGAAACUGGACUGCCAAGGUUGUUUUAGUUCACGUGGGUGUGACUUCUCUCAUUGCACACAUCAGAGUUGGGAGGAUCCAAGCUGCUCUGGAAGCCAAAACCACAGUCCUUCCUGUAGUAGUCUGUGGAGAUGGCUUUUGUGAGGAAGAAGAAGGCUGCUCUAUCUGUCCAGCAGACUGUGGGGAAUGCCCUCUUUCAGCUAAUAUUUGGAUAGCAAUUGCCUUACCAGUAUGUUUAGUAUGCACUGGCUUUAUUUUGACAGUCAUGUGGUUUCAAUGUCAGAAACAGAAGAUGCUUUGGGAUGAAAGCUGGAUUAUAGACUUCACCUGCAUCAAACAAGAAAGCUUCAAAUGUCAAUGCAACUUUGAAAUGCAUAUGGAUAAUACUAUGGUGUGGGAACAUGGCAGUCCUGAUUCAAGUGAUGGUAAAACAGUGGCCAUAAAGAAAAUAAUGAAGAAGGCAUUUACACUGUCUAAAACCAUACGUAAAGAAGUAAAGCAAGUGAGGGAACUUGACCAUCCCAAUCUCUGCAAAUUUAUUGGAGGUUGUGUAGAAGUUCCAAAUGUUGCCAUUGUCACAGAGUACUGCCCCAAAGGCAGCCUGAGUGAUGUGCUCCUCAAUGAAGAUAUUCCUUUGAACUGGGGUUUCAGGUUUUCUUUUGCUACGGAUAUUGCUCAAGGAAUGGCCUAUCUCCACCACCACAAAAUGUAUCAUGGGCGGUUGAAGUCUAAUAACUGUGUGAUAGAUGACCGGUGGGUUUGUAAAAUUGCAGAUUAUGGCUUGCAGUCAUACAGAAAAGAAGAUUUUCCUGAUGGAUCAAGUUCAUCCCAGCAGCAUUUGAUUUACACAGCUCCUGAAAUACAUACUCUUUCAGAUGUUGAACCCAAUUCUAUGUCAGAUGUCUACAGUUAUGCCAUCAUUUUACUAGAAAUUGCCACUGGAAGUGAUCCUCUGAAAGAUGAUGUACAUUCAGCUGAAUAUUCUUGGCACCCACCUUUGGCAGAAUUAAUUUCAGGAAAGGCUGGGAAUUCUUGCCCAUGUCCCACGGAUUAUAUAGAGUUAAUUCAAAGGUGCAGAAGGAAUAAUCCAUCCCAAAGGCCUACAUUUGAACAAGUCAAGAAAAUGUUGUACAAGAUGAAUCCUGUUAGCCCUGUUGACAUGAUGAUGACUCUGAUGGAGAAAUAUAACAAACAUCUGGAGAUACUGGUUUCUGAGCGAACUCAGGAUUUAAUGCAUGAAAAACAGAAGACUGAUCGUCUGUUGUAUAGUAUGUUGCCAAAACAAGUAGCAGAUGAUCUCAGACAGGGAAAACAUGCACAAGCUCAAAGUUACUCAAGUGCUACCAUCUUCUUCAGUGACAUUGUUGGCUUCACUGAGCUGUCCAGCAGCAGCACACCAUACCAAGUGGUAGAUCUCUUGAACAAGCUUUAUACCACUUUUGAUGAAAUCAUAGAUAACUAUGAUGUCUAUAAGGUGGAAACAAUAGGAGAUGCUUAUAUGGUGGUGUCGGGAGUACCCAAGGAGAAUGGGAUCCUUCAUGCUGGUGAGAUCUCAAGCAUGGCUUUAGACCUUCUGGAUGUCUGCAAGACUUUUAAGAUUCCCCACAAGCCCAAUACCCUCCUAAAGAUAAGAGCAGGAAUACAUUCAGGGGCAGUUGUAGCUGGAGUUGUUGGAACCAAAAUGCCACGAUACUGUUUAUUUGGAGAUACUGUGAACACAGCUUCCAGGAUGGAAUCUACCAGUGAAGCUCUUAAAAUACAGUGCAGUUCAAGUGCAUACCAGCUGUUGGAGCAGAUUGGAGAGUAUGUGUUAGUAUGUCGUGGGAAUUUACAAGUCAAGGGGAAAGGAGACAUGGUCACAUACUGGCUUGAAGGUAAGAAAGCCUCUGUCACCCAGAAGGCAGUCACCAGCACUCCUGUGACUCUGCAAGAUGCCAACAGAGUUUCAUAUAGUCCGAUACCAGGUGUCCUUUCCAGUGAUCCUCUUUGA